GUAUUCAUUGACACUCCAUUGUCAAAGACAGGUUUAUUUAAACACCAUAUAUACGAUCCAAUGUCAGGCCGGAUGCAACAUGAACCACGAGUGAACCGCAUUUCAGCUAUUGAUCAGAGUGGAAAUGCAUCUCCAGUUGUUCAUAGCAAAGACUAUGAUCAUCAAGAGAUCAUCGCUACGCAGGAUAAUCUUCAGAAGCCUGGAUGGAAAGCUUUCCUAUCGUUUGUUGGUCCUGGUUUCCUAGUUUCAUUGGCUUAUCUUGAUCCUGGGAACUUGGAAACCGAUUUACAAGCAGGAGCAAACCACAGAUACGAGCUACUUUGGGUGAUUUUAAUUGGGUUAAUCUUUGCACUUGUGAUUCAAUCUCUUGCUGCAAAUUUAGGAGUAUGCACGGGGAAGCAUCUAUCAGAGGUAUGCAAGGCUGAAUACCCAAUAUUUGUCAAGUAUUGCCUUUGGCUGCUUGCUGAAAUCGCAGUCAUUGCAGCGGAUAUUCCCGAAGUGAUUGGGACGGCUUUUGCGUUGAAUAUCUUAUUUAAGAUUCCAGUUUGGGUUGGGGUUCUUCUCACUGGUUUUAGCACCCUCCUAUUUCUUGGCAUUCAAAGAUAUGGUGUGAGGAAGCUUGAAGUAUUGAUAGCCCUUCUAGUUUUGGUUAUGGCUGGUUGUUUCUUUGGAGAAAUGAGCUAUGUGAAGCCACCAGCUGCUGAUUUACUAAAGGGAAUGUUCAUUCCAAAACUUGGUGGCCGAGGUGCUACUGGUGAUGCCAUUGCACUACUCGGUGCACUAGUUAUGCCGCAUAAUCUCUUUCUUCAUUCUGCUCUUGUUCUCUCCCGAAAGAUACCAAAUUCAGUUCAAGGCGUCAAUAAUGCAUGCAGAUAUUUCCUCAUAGAAAGUGGCAUUGCUCUCUUUAUCGCAUUUUUGAUCAAUGUCUCAAUUAUCGCUGUUUCUGGCACCGUUUGCUCAGCUGAGAACAUGCCAAGUGACGCCUUGGAGCGCUGCAAUGAUCUUAGCCUUGACUCUGCUUCGUUUCUUCUUAGAAAUGUUUUAGGGAAGUCCAGCUCCACUCUUUAUGCAAUUGCACUACUAGCCUCCGGUCAGAGUUCAACCAUCACAGGCACUUAUGCAGGACAAUUUAUAAUGCAGGGUUUCUUGGAAUUAAAGAUGAGGAAAUGGCUCAGAAACUUGAUAACAAGAUUGAUAGCCAUCACGCCAAGUUUAAUAGUUUCGAUCAUUGGUGGAUCUUCUGGAGCUGGAAGACUAAUCAUCAUAGCAUCGAUGAUAUUGUCAUUUGAACUUCCAUUUGCCCUCAUUCCACUCCUCAAGUUUAGUAGCACGACAACAAAAAUGGGUCCAUACAAAAAUUCAAUGAUUAUAAUCGUCUUCUCAUGGGUGGUAGGACUUGGGAUUAUCGGAAUCAAUAUUUAUUACCUGAGCACUUCAUUUGUCAAUUGGCUAAUUCAUAGCAGUUUGCCUAGAGUUGCCAACGUGUUCAUUGGCAUAAUAGUGUUCCCUGUCAUGGCCAUCUAUGUUAUAUCAGUACUCUACCUUAUGCUUCGUAAAGAUGUUGUUGUCACCUUUGUCGAACCAACUAAAUUUGAUCCCACCACACAAGUCAGCAUGGAAAGAGGGGAAAAUGGUGCUGAUAGAGCAGUUGAGUUGAGUAAUGCUCCUUAUAGAGAGGAUCUUGCUGAUAUACAAUUCCCAUGAUAGUGCAAUUGAAGUGCCUUUUGUGAAUUCUGAACUCUCUGUUAUCUAGCCUUAAGAUAGUCUUUGUGGUUAUAGAUCGUUGUAGUUUCAGUAUUUUGGUGGGAGCAGAUAUGGUUACAUGAAACCAUGCCUAUGAAUUCUCAUAGAAGUUUGAUGUGCCUACGCUUGUAUGCCUACUGAGUUUUAUAGUAUUAUUAUAAUCAUAUAUUUCUCUUUGUUAA